GUUUCCGGUAGGACCGCCGAGCGGGCGGAAGUUCCGGGAGGAGGCGGCGGCCAUGGCUCUGCCCGGAGCCCCCGGCCCGGCCCCGGCAGCGGCCCCCGCGCCGCCGCCUCCACCCACGGUGCUGAUGGCGGUGCGGGUGGGGGUUCCGCAGCCCCCCCGGGUCCCCCCGCCGCCCGCCGCCGCCCUCCGCCUGCAGCUCAGCGUGGAGCCCGCGCCCGGCGGGCAGCGCCGCUUCCGGCUCGGCCUGAGGCAGGAGGAGGCGGCAGGAGGCGCGAGCAUCGCCGAGUACGACCUGAAGGACAUUUCCUACACGGUGAAGACCCCCACGUGUCACGAGCUGCUCGUCCUCGGCUCCCUGGACGAGCCCAUGGUGUUCAGCUUCGAGGAGGAGCGCGAGGCGCAGAAAUGGUGGACGAUCGUCAGCAGCUCCCUGAGGGAGGCACAGAAAGCCUCCUCAGGCAGCGCUGUGCCGACGUCCCACACUUCAUCCCCGGUGACGACGGCCGGAGCCGGCGCUGCGGAUCGGGAUGCAGAGGAUGCUUUGGCUGCAGAGCUUUCCAACAAAGAGGACCUGGCGCUGCAGCUGGCCUUGGCCAUCCAGCACGGUGAUGAGGAGGCGGCCACGCGCUGCGCCGUGGCCCUGGCCCGGCAGCAAGCCACGCUGAGCAUCCUGCUGAAGGAGUCCAAUUACCCCGAGGAUGAAAUCUGCAUGAACGUUGGCGUGGAGGACGCGACCUCGUCGGCCAGCAUCACUCUCCUGGUGCAGCCCCACACCACCAUCGCGGCACUGAAGCAGCAGGUGUUCCAGGACUACGGGUUCCACCCCCUGGUUCAGCGCUGGAUCAUCGGGCAGUGCCUUUGCGUGGAUGAGCGCACGGUGUGGUCCUACGGCGUCCGGCGCGACGGGGACCCGGCCUUCCUCUACCUGCUGUCGGCCAACAGAGCCGAGCUGACGAGGCAGCGUUACGACGAGGAUCAGGCCCAGCUCCUCCUCGCCUCCAUCGAUGCCAUCGGGGAUGGAGGGGAGGAGAGGAGGAAGUACGGCACGGUGCCCGGCGCGGCGGGUAGGAAAGCCCACCGGCAGAUGGACCUGGGUGCCAUCAGCCACCACCUGGACACCAUGCAGAUCAGCGACGCUUUCAACCCCCAAACAGCACCCGCCGCCACAUCUCUGCCCUCACCGGUGCCGGCGGGUUGGUCGUGUCCCAAAUGCACCUUCAUCAACAAACCCACGCGGCCGGGCUGUGAGAUGUGCAGCACCGAUCGGCCGCCCGACUACGUGGUGCCCGGUGGAUACGAACCGGAUGAGACGGAGCUGUGGAGGAUGCAGCAGGAGCAGGAGGGGAUGCUGCGGUACCAGCAGGGAAGGAGAGAGGAUGGCUCGGCUGCGCGCUGCGUCUUGGGCUCGGGUUCCCUGGAUGACUUCAUCCACGUGCCCUACGAGUUCUGCUAACCGACCCGGAUACCCCAUCCCGUCCCAUCCCAUCCCCCCCUCCGACCCGGGCCCCGAGCCCACCGGUUGCCCCUCGGCUCCGAUGCGGUCCCACGCGGGGGGCCGGGCUCCCCGGGAAGCCUCGGGGGGGGGAAACGUGGGGGUCUCAGCCCCACGUUGGCCAUGCUGUGGGCAGGGCUGUAGGCGCAGACUGAGCUCCCUGCGCACGGAGCAUCGGUGGGCCAUCGGAGCGUUGGGGUGCUGCGGUUCCCGUGCCUAUUUCCUUCCCUCCCCGCACCCCACACGCUCAGGAGCCCCCCGGGGGGUGGGCACUGAGCCCCCCUGGUGGGCAGAGAGGGUUGGAGGUGAGCGUGGCUGUCCCCGUACCGCAGAGGCCUUUGGGGAGCUUUGGGGUGCGUGCAGUGGGGAUGGGGGGCAGUGGCUCUGGGUCUCCGUGUCUGGAGGGAGGGGGGUCCAUCCGUGGGGCUAUAGGGGGCGGCUGCAGUGGGGCGGACUCUGAGCGCUGCGUUGACACACGUUGGGUGGUCCCGUGGCUCUUCGCAUUGGGUUUCCCAUUCCUCUUCUCGUUGGGGUUCCCCAUUCCUCUCUGUUUUAGGUUAUCCCAUGGCUCCUCAUUGGGGUUUCCCAUUCCUCUUUGUUUUAGGUUAUCCCAUGGCUCUUCUCGUUGGGGUUUCCCAUUCCUCUCUGUUGGUUUAUCCCAUUCCUUUUCUCAUUGGGUUAUCCCAUGGCUCCUCAUGGGGUUUCCCGUUCCUCUUCUCGUUGGGUUAUCCCAUGGCUCUUCUCGUUGGGGUUUCCCAUUCCUCUCUGUUGGUUUAUCCCAUUCCUUUUCUCAUUGGGUUAUCCCAUGGCUCCUCAUUGGGGUUCCCCUUCCUCUCUGUUUUAGGUUAUCCCAUGGCUCUUCUCGUUGGGGUUUCCCAUUCCUCUCUGUUGGUUUAUCCUAUUCCUUUUCUCAUUGGGUUUCCCAUUCCUCUUUGUUUUAGGUUAUCCCAUGGCUCCUCAUUGGGGUUUCCCAUUCCUCUCUGUUUUAGGUUAUCCCAUGGCUCUUCUCGUUGGGGUUUCCCAUUCCUCUCUGUUGGUUUAUCCCAUUCCUUUUCUCAUUGGGUUUUCCCAUUCCUCUUUGUUUUAGGUUAUCCCAUGGCUCCUCUCUUUGGGGUUUCCCAUUCUUCUUCUCAUUGGGUUUCCCCAUUCCUCUUUGUUUUAGGUUAUCCCAUGGCUCCUCUCUUUGGGGUUUCCCAUUCCUCUUCUUGUUGGGUUAUGCCAUGGCUCUCCACAUUGGGGUUUCCCAUUCCUCUUUGUUUUAGGUUAUCCCAUGGCUCCUCAUUGGGUUAUCCCAUGGCUCCUCUCAUUGGGGUUUCCCAUUCUUCUUCUCAUUGGGUUUCCCAUUCCUCUCUGUUGGUUUAUCCCAUUCCUUUUCUCAUUGGGGUUUCCCAUUGCUCUUUGUUUUAGGUUAUCCCAUGGCUCCUCAUUGGGUUUCCCAUUCCUCUCUGUUUUAGGUUAUCCCAUGGCUCUUCUCGUUGGGGUUUCCCAUUCCUCUCUGUUGGUUUAUCCCAUUCCUUUUCUCAUUGGGUUAUCCCAUUCCUCCUCUCAUUGGGUUUCCCCAUUCCUCUUUGUUUUAGGUUAUCCCAUGGCUCCUCUCUUUGGGGUUUCCCAUUCUUCUUCUCAUUGGGUUUCCCAUUCCUCUCUGUUUUAGGUUAUCCCAUUCCUCCUCUCAUUGGGGUUUCCCAUUCCUCUUUGUUUUAGGUUAUCCCAUGGCUCCUCAUUGGGUUUCCCAUUCCUCUCUGUUUUAGGUUAUCCCAUGGCUCUUCUCGUUGGGGUUUCCCAUUCCUCUCUGUUGGUUUAUCCCAUUCCUUUUCUCAUUGGGUUAUCCCAUGGCUCCUCAUGGGGUUUCCCGUUCCUCUUCUCGUUGGGUUAUCCCAUGGCUCCUCAUUGGGGUUUCCCAUUCUUCUUCUCAUUGGGUUUCCCAUUCCUCUCUGUUGGUUUAUCCCAUUCCUUUUCUCAUUGGGGUUUCCCAUUCCUCUCUGUUUUAGGUUAUCCCAUUCCUCCUCUCAUUGGGUUUUCCCAUUCCUCUUUGUUUUAGGUUAUCCCAUGGCUCCUCAUUGGGUUUCCCAUUCCUCUUCUCAUUGGGGUUUCCCAUUCCUCUCUAUUGGUUUAUCCCAUUCCUUUUCUCAUUGGGGUUUCCCAUUCCUCUUUGUUUUAGGUUAUCCCAUGGCUCUUCUCAUUGGGGUUCCCCAUUGCUCUUUGUUUUAGGUUAUCCCAUUCCUCCUCUCAUUGGGUUUCCCCAUUCCUCUUUGUGUUGGGUCAUCCCAUUGCCCCAUGUUGGUUCUCCCAUCGCCCCAUGUAGGGUUGUCCCAUUGCGCCACGUUGGUUGCCCCAUUGCUCACGUUGGGUGCCCCAUUGCCCCACAUUGGUUGCCCCAUUGCCCCAUGUUGGGUCCUCCCAUUGCCCCACAUUGAGUGCCCCAUUGCCCCAUAUGGGGUUUUCCCAUUGCCCCACAUUGAGUGCCCCAUUGCCCCAUAUGGGGUUUUCCCAUUGCCCCACAUUGGUUGCCCCAUUGCCCCAUGUUGGUUGCCCCAUUGCCCCAUGUAGGGUCGUCCCAUUGCCCCAUGUAGGAUUGCCCCACUGCUCAGGUUGGGUGUCCCAUCACCCCAUGUAGGGUUCUUCCAUUGCCCCAUGUUGGUUGUCCCAUCGCCCCAUGUUGGUUGUCCCAUCGCCCCAUGUGGGGUCAUCCCAUCGCCC